ACCCCCUUCCCUCAUUUUGAAAAAUCUUUCCUAUGCUACUCUCUCUUCCAUCCUUUUUUUCCUACUAUAACUUAUGAAAUAUUAUAAAUAGCCUAUUAAUUUUCCACUUCUCCUAGUUAAUUUCAUCAUCUUCUUGGUCCCCAAAAAAAUGAAAUCCAUAGAUCUUUUUUGUGCUUCUCCUGCUUCUACGGCCAUAUGUUCAAGUAUGGAUCAACAUACUAUGGUCCGUCGUGGCUUAAGGCAUCAAAUUGAUCGUAAAAUCGAUCGAUUAGGCGAUUCUCGUACACCAAAAAUUAAAACUUUGAUUCCAUGUUCAUCUCAUCAACUUCCAUUCGAUCCCAAAAAUUACUAUCAUCAAAAUAAAAAUCGAAAGAGCCACGAUGAAAAAUUACGUCGAAAAAGCUCAGCUGAUAUAACUGACUUAGGUAGUUCAUCUAGGUACUUGUUGGGUGAUAGUACUACUCCAUUUAUAGAUUUUUUAUCAUCUUCUGGAGAUGCAUCAAAAGCUUUGAUUCCUAGCAAACCUUUAAGGGCUAAAAGCACAAAUGAACGACUCAUGUAUCGAUCUUCAUCGACUCGUUCACUCGAAUCUCCGGUCUAUAAACCUUCACCAGCUUAUUCAAAUGAUUUGUGUGUCUAUAAAUCAACUCAUUUAUGCCCCCGUGAACAGGUUGUGGAAUUGAGGGUGUCAAUCCAUUGCAAAGGUUGUGAAGGGAAAGUUAGAAAACAUAUCUCCAGGAUGGAAGGAGUAAAAUCAUUUAAUAUAGAUUUGGCUUCAAAGAAAGUUACAGUCAUCGGCGAUGUGACACCACUAGGAGUAUUGACAAGUAUUUCGAAGGUGAAAAAUGCACAAUUUUGGCCAUUUCCAACAGCUUCCUCGUCCUCGUCCCCGUACCCAUCUUCAUCCUCCUCCUCGUCUUUUUGUUCUCCGAUGGUCUAAAGAAAGUUACCGUUAAAUUAAUAAUGUAAUACUAUAUAUUAAUUAAUUUUGGAAUAUCAUAUAGCAGAUGAGUGUGCUUUUUUUUAUU